AUGAGGGUGUGCCCGACUCUUGGCUACAGGGGCGUCGAGCGUAUUUGCCGACACUGCCUGGAGCCGGGUCAUGAGCAGCGGGACUGCAAGGCUAGUCUGUGUGACAAUUGUCAUAGCAGGUACCAUGCCUCCAGGUCUUGUCCUAAGCCGUGCCGUGUUUGCUCGGGGGACCAUAAUAUUCUCUCCUGCACUUCCAAAGGCUCUGUUGAAGAAGCAGCAGCUUCGGACAACAUCGAGAUGGAGGUGUCUGUGGAUGCCUCUGUCUCCAUCUCUCCUUCCAUCGAUCUGCCGGAAGCCCAAGCUGCCCCUAUGGUCAUUGGAGAAACCGACCCAGUCCCAGCUCCGUCUGUGGAAACUGGAAAUAGUGAUAAGAUAGUAAAUAAGGUAGAUGAGGACAGCUCUAAGCUAGAUAGUAGGGAGCGGUGA